GUCGAAGCCCAUUGGAAACUAGUAAUAAGAAUGGACAUCGCAUCACUAGCACCUAGGCUAGAGCAUAUAACCAAAAGUAUUGAACGCACCGACAUAAUGUGCAAAUCAUUACUAGCAAAUGUAAAAACAUGCAAGAACCUGCAUGGAAUCCUAGACAAGGGACACAAUAAGACGAAACAUCUGAUACAUACCAUACAGAUGGUAUACAGGACGCCGACAGAUAAGCGGCGCGGACUGAUAAACGGAGUAGGCUCCAUAGCCAAGACACUGUUCGGAACCAUGGACGCCGACGACGAGAAAACGAUUAACGAACAGCUGACGCUACUAGAAGACAACAACGCGGCAACCAAACACGCCGUAGAAAAUCAAUUAAAAGUAAUCAACGCCACGAUAGCUCACGUGGAGACGUUGGAACAAACUAUCCAAGAAAACGAAAACGCACUGACGACACUCCUAGAGAAAAUACAAAACCAAAACCUAAUACAUAACAGACGAUACGACUUGGACGAACAUUUCACAGUUCUUAACGCUCUGACGAACGAUCUACUACAAGACGCGUCCGACAUUAUCGAAUAUCUAGCAUAUAUAAAAGAGGGAAUACUUCACCCUAAAAUCGCGAAUAUAGAUCAAAUAAUGGAAGCUCUCCGUGAGGCUAGUCUAACCUGGCCCCAGGGACUCUACCUUCCUACAGGUAUGCGAAAUCACGAUUGGUUAAAAAUAGAAAAAUUGAUUAACAUCAGCGCCUAUUGCGACAUAAAAAACAUGUAUACGAUACUUAGAUUUCCCUUAGCCAGCCUACCGAUCUAUAGACUUAUGCGAAUAAUAGCGUUGCCGGUGCAUAAUCACCUAAACAUUUUUUCAUCUGUAAAAACGACUACAGAAUAUCUAGCAAUAGACGCGGAAAAACAAACGUACCUAACUAUCAGCGAAAGCGACCUGCAAGGAUGUAAUAAAAUAAACACCGAACAUAUAUGCGAGGCGACGCAUGCGAUAAAUAAGAUAAACACAAAUGCGAUCUGCGAAGUACAAAUGUAUAUACACAAUCGCAACUUACACUGUAACAUAAACCAUAUCAUAAGCGAACGCGCAAUAUGGAUUAAGACGCACGACUCUUGGUUGUACUCCACAGCAAAACCUGAAGAAAUUAGUAUAAAAUGCCUAGACCACCCCGAAGGUAAAGAAACGAUAAAUAAUACCGGAAAAAUAAUUAUAAACAAAAAUUGCAAGAUAGUUACAACCGAACUAAUUAUUAAACCACACAAAACUCUCAGUUCUAAAAUCCUAGACACAUACAUGCCUAGGAUAAAUAUUACAAUGAUACAGGAAAUUUCUUUAGAUAACCACACAGAUAGUAUACACUUGAAAAAAAUUUCCGACAACCCACACGAUUUUGGACACCUAAAAAUGAGUAUAGAAAAAAUCAAACAAGAACUGGAGAGUGACCAAGAGCCGUUCUUCCGAAAAAAACAAUUCAUAUACCCAAUGACAACCAGCGGCGUUACCGCUUUAAUCAUAAUAGCCAUCAUGAUUUACAUGAUAUAUACAAAACAAACUAGCAAACCACCAAGGCCUAACAAAGCAGGUUGUCAUCUGAGAACAAAGUUGUAAGCGAAAACAUCGCACCCUCGUUUUCUUAUCUAACGGGGGAGGGAUGUUGUAAGCCGAUUACAACUAUAUUUAUUAAAAUUGCGACACGCAUCUUUCGAAAGACGUUGCAAGAAGCACCUCUUUCGAAAGACGCACAAGAAUCCGCCGCGCUCACG